UAUUUCACCGCCCGCGAGUCUUGGGGACAAAGGCUGCGGGGCCCUGUGCCCCGCUCCGGCCGGCCUUCCACCAGUGAACUUUGGAGGCACCGGCUGUGACUUCGAACCGCGAGUCACUAAGGCUGGGAGCCCACGCUGCACCCACCACAGGGGAACCCAGUAGGGUCGGUCCAAGUCCCGCGUGUCUCAGCCCCUACCCACUCCUUCCUUUCCUCUCCCCCUCUUUUCUUCCAAUGCACGCUUCUCCCUAUCCCUCCUCAGAUCUUGUCCUCCCCUCCCUAUCCCUAUCCAACUCCUAGUUCCAACUCCUGUUACUCCAGCUCCCCGUUUCUUGUCCCUCCCACUCUGUCCAACAUCUUGCACCCCUAUCUCCUCGCCCCGCCCCUUACCCCGCCCCUUCACCCAUCUCCCCCUCCCCCUGCCCGGGGCUCAGGCGCUGGGCGAACAUGGCGGCUGCGGUCGGGCGGGACACCCUACCUGAGCACUGGUCCUACGGCGUCUGUCGGGACGGCCGCGUCUUCUUCAUCAAUGACCAGCUCCGCUGCACGACCUGGCUGCACCCGCGUACGGGCGAACCGGUCAACUCGGGUCACAUGAUCCGCUCAGACUUGCCGCGCGGCUGGGAGGAGGGCUUCACGGAGGAGGGCGCCAGCUUCUUCAUCGACCACAACCAGCAGACAACAACAUUCAGGCAUCCUGUGACCGGGCAGUUUUCUUCAGAAAACAGUGAAUACGUUCUUCGGGAGGAGCCACACCCACACAUGUCGAAGCAAGAGAGAAACCAAAGACCAUCCAGCAUGGUCAGCGAGACGUCCACGGCCGGGACCACAUCCACCCUGGAGGCCAAGCCUGGACCCAAGAUCAUCAAGUCCAGCAGUAAAGUGCACAGCUUCGGCAAGAGGGACCAGGCCAUUCGGAGGAACCUUAAUGUUCCGGUGGUGGUGAGGGGCUGGCUACACAAGCAGGACAGCUCUGGGAUGAGGCUGUGGAAAAGGCGCUGGUUCGUGCUGGCUGAUUACUGCUUGUUUUAUUAUAAAGACAGCCGAGAAGAAGCCAUUCUCGGGAGCAUCCCUCUGCCCAGCUACGUCAUCUCCCCAGUGGCCCCAGAGGAUCGCAUAAGCCGCAAGUAUUCCUUUAAGGCUGUGCACACGGGGAUGAGGGCGCUCAUCUACAGCUCCACCGCAGCGGGCUCUCAGGCAGAGUACUCAGGCAUGAGGACCUACUACUUCAGUGCCGACACCCUGGAGGACAUGAACGCCUGGGUCAGGGCCAUGAACCAGGCUGCACAGGUGCUGUCUCGAUCAUCACUAAAGAGGGACAUGGACAAGGUGGAGCGGCAGGCCAUGCCACAGGCCAACCACACUGACGCCUGUCAAGAAUGUGGCCACGUGGGACCUGGACACUCAAGAGACUGUCCUCAUCGAGGCUAUGAAGACUCCUUUGGCUUUGACAGAAGGGAACAGGAGGAGGAACGCUUCCGUGUUCAAAGGGACCCACUGGAGGGCAGGAGGGACAGGAGCAAGGCCAGGUCCCCAUACUUGCCAGCUGAGGAGAAUGCCCUGUUUGUCGAUCUACCUGGUGGGCCCCGAGGCCAGCAAGCACAGCCACAGCGAGCUGAGAAGAAUGGGGUGCUGCCUUAUGGCCCUGGAGAACAGAAUGGAACCAGUGGGUACCAGCGGACUGCUCCUCCCAGGGCCAACCCAGAGAAACACAGCCAGAGAAAGACCAACUUGACCCAGGCAGAGCACUGGGCAAAGGCUCAGAAGGGGGAUGGCAGGAGCUUGCCCUUAGACCAGACACUUCCUCGCCAGGGUCCCAGCCAGACCCUGUCCUUCCCGGAAAGCUACCAGACUCUUCCCAAGAACACUAGACAUCCUUCUGGGAGCUCUUCACCCCCUCCCCGGAACCUGCCCAGUGACUACAAGUACGCACAGGACCGAGCCAGCCACCUGAAGAUGUCCAGCGAGGAGCGCCGGGCACACAGAGAUGGCACUGUGUGGCAGCUCUAUGAGUGGCAGCAGAGGCAGCAGUUCCGUCAUGGAAGUCCCACCGCGCCCAUAGGAGCUGGCUCCCCAGAGUUCACCGAGCAGGGCCGCAGCCGAAGCCUGCUGGAGGUGCCCCGCUCCAUCUCUGUGCCUCCGUCUCCUUCUGACAUCCCUCCUCCUGGGCCUCCGAGGCCCUUCCCACGGCGGCCACAUACACCAGCAGAAAGGGUCACCGUGAAGCCACCCGACCAGAGGAGAAGUGUGGACAUCUCUCUAGGGGGUUCUCCCAGGAAGGCACGGGGUCAUGCUGUCAAGAACUCCUCUCAUGUGGACCGGCGUUCCAUGCCCUCCAUGGGCUAUAUGACCCACACAGUGAGCGCUCCCAGCUUACAUGGAAAAUCGCUGGACGAGCUCUCGCUGCUGCUCACCCGGUUGCAGCGGCACCAGUCCAAGUUGGCCAGCGUGCGAAAUUUCGCCGUGGGCCAGUUACUACACCACUACUUGACCUUUCCCGCCUGCCAGGCUGAUGACACCUACCUCCAGCUGAAGAAGGACCUGGAGUACCUGGAUCUGAAGAUUAAAAAUAAUGAACCUUUGAUCAACGUGCUUUACAAAGUGCUGAAGAAGUCAGCACGGGGCUGUCGGCCCGGGAGAAGCAUGACAGGCCGAGACCUUCUUAAGGAUCGAAGUCUGAAGCCCAUGAAGAUCGCCGAGAGUGACAUUGAUGUCAAGCUGAGCAUCUUCUGUGAACAAGACAGGAUACUCCAGGACUUGGAAGACAAGAUCCGAGCUCUCAAGGAGAACAAAGACCAGCUCGAAUCCGUGCUGGAGGUGCUGCACAGGCAGACAGAGCAGUACCGAGACCAGCCACAGCACCUGGAGAAGAUCACCUGCCAGCAGAGGCUCCUGCAGGAGGACCUUGUCCACAUCCGUGCGGAGCUCUGCAGAGAGUCCACGGAGAUGGAAAACGCAUGGAACGAGUACCUGAAGUUGGAGAAGGAUGUGGAACAGCUAAAGCAGACCCUGCAGGAGCAACACAGGAGAGCCUUUUUCUUCCAGGAGAAGUCACAGAUACAGAAGGAUCUGUGGAGGAUUGAAGAUGUCAUGGCAGGCCUGAGUGUGAAUAAAGAGAACUACAGAGUCCUGGUGGGAUCUGUCAAAAAUCCAGAAAGGAAAACGGUGCCUUUGUUCCCUCACCCAUCUGUGCCUUCACUCUCUCCAACUGAGAGCAAGCCGGCCCUGCAGCCCAGCCCUCCCACCAGCCCCGUGCGGACACCUCUGGAGGUCCGACUCUUUCCGCAGCUGCAGACCUAUGUGCCAUACCGACCUCACCCGCCCCAGCUGAGGAAAGUGAUGUCUCCUCUGCAGUCACCAACCAAGGCAAAGCCUCAGGCGGAAGACGAGGCACCUCCCAGGCCACCACUUCCUGAACUCUACAGCCCAGAGGACCAGCCCCCGGCUGUGCCACCUCUGCCAAGAGAAGCCACCAUCAUUCGGCACACAUCUGUGCGAGGGCUAAAACGACAGUCGGAUGAGAGGAAGAGGGACCGGGAGCAGGGCCAGUGUGUGAACGGGGAUUUGAAGGUGGAGCUCCGGUCCUACGUGAGUGAGCCUGAGCUGGCCAGCCUCAGUGGGGACGUGCCUCAACCCUCCCUGGGCCUCGUGGGCUCUGAGAGCAGGUACCAGACGCUGCCAGGCAGAGGGCUCUCCGGCUCCACGUCCAGGCUCCAGCAGUCGUCCACCAUUGCUCCCUAUGUCACACUCCGGAGGGGUCUGAAUGCUGAAAACAGCAGUGCAACCUUCUCUAGACCCAAGAGUGCCUUGGAGCGCCUGUACUCAGGGGACCACCAGCGGGGCAAGAUGAGUGCGGAAGAGCAGCUGGAGCGGAUGAAGCGACACCAGAAGGCUCUGGUCCGGGAGCGCAAGAGGACUCUAAGCCAAGGAGAGAGGACGGGUCUGCUCUCAGCCCGGUACCUCAGCCAGCCACUGCCUGGAGAUCUCGGCUCAUGGAAGCGAGAACAAGAUUUUGACCUGCAGCUGCUGGAGCGGGCUGCACAGGGUGACAGAAAAGACAAAGAGGAGGGCUGGCUGAAAGUGCAAGCCACACCUGUCAUGGAGUUGGACCUGGAGCCACAAGACUAUGACUUGGACAUCAGCAGAGAGCUGUCUAAACCAGAGAAGGUCUCCAUCCCGGAGCGGUAUGUAGAACUAGACCCUGAGGAACCACCCAGCCUGGAGGAGCUGCAGGCACGAUACCAAAAGGCGGAGAAGAUUCGAAAUAUCCUUGCCCGAUCAAGCAUGUGCAACCUGCAGCCACCGGGCCAGGACCGCAACAGCCUGGCAGACCUGGACUCGCAGCUGCAGGAGCAGGAGCGAAUUAUCAACAUUUCCUAUGCCCUGGCCUCUGAGGCCUCUCAGCGCAGCAAGCAGGUAGCAGCCCAGGCAGUAACGGAACCGUGAUCCAGUGUGCAGAGGAGAAGCCUGGAGCCGGGGGCCCAGUGAAACCAGCAUCUUCCUAGAAUAUGGUUCUCUCUGCCCCAGUGGAAACCCUUCCAGCUGAUCGGGGGCUCUGGCUGGAGGAGAGAGCAACCCACCCCCACCCACUGUGGUGGGUGCAGCGUGGAGCCAGGGCUUCGUCCUAACACGCACCCAUCUGUUUCAGUCCAGAUUCCUUUUUGCAGAAGCACUUUUGAUACACGAUGUGAAAUAUACUGUAUUUUAGAAUCAGGAUAUAUUUUUUAAUGCUCACCCAGAGGGCUGAAUGGCUGGUAAGGUGAGCCUGCAGGGUUUUGUAGCCACACAGAGGGAUUCGGGUACUAUGGUGGUGGGGUGGCAUAGUGGGCAGGGAGAGGGACAAAGCAAGCAGAGGUCGUUUCCACCACCCUUGAGCCCAGACAGUGGCAGGAUUUGAGGCUCUGCUUCCCGUGGAUUCCAGUAUGAAGUUCGUUACACUCUCCAGGAAAAGAGAGGAGAGGCAGUUAACUGCAGAGGUCUGCAUCCCUCAGCUGAUGCCCAGCCCUGGAGACUCCCCCUGGAUGCCCCCCAGGGAGCCUGUCUGUGCCUUGGCCCUUGGUUCUGACUGAGAAGCAACCAUGUGCUCAAAAGCCUUGGCUUCUUCAGCUGUCGGUGAAGUGAAGUUCCCUCAGCAAACAAUUCUCAGAAGAAGAAAAAGAAAAAGCCACUGUGGAGUGGAAAGUGGGAGAUGUGUUAUAGCAAUAAACUCAGCAUUGGGUGGCACCUGCUUACAAAUGCCUAGCACUGAGCCAUCCCGCCAGCCAGGCAGUACUAAAGGACCCUUGCUGUGAGGAAACCCAGGACAGCUUCCCUUGACUAGGUCUGGUGAGGCAGGCAGGCAGGGCCAGGACACAGGAUUGUGACUUGACUCCAGCCCCCUGAGGAGGAGGUGGCCAUGCCAGACUCAGUGUUUUGUCCCUUUAUUUAACUUGUCUCAAGAUAUUCUACAUGCGGGAAGCAAUGAAAACCAUAAACACCUUCACUGGGAGGAGCCACAUUUUAAACGAAAGUUUGUCUUUGACUAUGCUUAAAAGAAGAAAAAGAAUCCUUGAAUCUAUUUAGAAGUUACUGUCUAUUUUUAACUAACUCCAUAUGCUGCCAGUAUCAACUUCAUGACAUUUGCCAAAAUAAGAUUUUAUUUUUUGCCUUUAUAAGAUUUUGUUGGAAAAAUGAAAUGAAUAUUUUGCAAGAAAAAGUUAAUUUAAAUAAAAGUGUAAUGGUUUGAAAAAAAAAGUGAUGUAUAGAUUAAAAUAGUAACCUCAUCCGUGUC